GUCACCAUCUUCAUCUUCCUUCUGCUAAAACCUUCACUCAAACAAACAACGCUCUCUCUUUUACGUUACACCUACACACAGCAAGCUAGAGAUACAGAGAGAAGAAUGGCUUGUGUGGUUGUGCUUUCUCUUAUGAGGACGCUUGAGCUUGAGUUCUUGCAACCUCUGCCUCGUCCAAUUCUACAACAAAACCAACUCAUCCCCUGCAACAAAGACCUGGCCCAAUCUCUCCUCAACAAGCUUGGAUCCCUGAUGGAACUAUUCGAUGAGAAUAGAAUGGAUGGUGUUGAAGCAAUAAAAGAGUUGGAAACAAAGCUCAGAGAUGUAGCUUCCAGGAUUGAGGAUGAAAUUGAACUCCAAGUACUACAUCUUUAUGAGGAUGAAAUUCAACUCGAAGAAGAGGAAACCAGAAUUUUUGAUGGAAUUUUUGAUAUUUUUGACAGAAUUGUGGAUCAGACAUUUCAGCCACCGGAGGAGGGGAAGGGGAAGGGGAAGGGAGAAGAAGAAGAAGUAAAACAAAUGCCAGAGGGUGAGAAAAGCAGUACUCAUCAUUGCCAGAGGCUUCAUCAAAUUUUGCAUCCGCUAAGGGGAAAAACACAUCCUUGUCUCAAAUUCCGUCGUAUUUUGCACCCAGCUGUUCAAGACAUUGAUGCCAUCACUCAAGAGUUGGCGAAAGCCAAGGAGGAGUAUCAGCUAUUCAAACAUCAUCUACAAGCAGGAACAAACCAGCCUGCUUCCCUUCAUGUAUUCCCAAUACCUUCUGAUCAAGGUAUCACCCUGCCUUAUUCUUCCCACCAUGUUUCACGCUCCAAAGAAAUAAUGGUAGGAAAACAGGAUGAGUUCGAGAGUAUAAAGGAGAUGCUAAUCCAACAUCCAUCUAAACAACUAGAAAUUGUCUCCAUUAAAGGUAUGGGAGGUAUUGGUAAGACAACAUUAGCAAAGAAAAUUUAUGAACAUCCAUCAAUCACUUCCCAUUUUGAUAAGCAAACAUGGACUGUCGCAUCACAACAUCACAGUCAGAGGCAAAUGCUCUUAGAUCUUCUUGGUUCCAAAGACGAUGCAGACAAAAGAAGUGAGGAGGACCUAGCAUUACGACUCUACCAAAGUUUCAAGCAUCAAAGAUACUUGGUUGUGAUGGAUGACGUAUGGAGUGUAGAGGCAUGGGAUGCUCUCAAAACUUGCUUUCCUGAUGAUGGAUAUGGUAGUCGAGUAUUGUUGACUACUCGCAUUGGUGAAGUGGCUAAUCAUAUCUGCACCCAAAAUGAUCUUUCUCAUCAAAUGCAAUUGUUAGAACAAAGUGAGAGUUGGAAACUAUUUAAUGAAAGGGCAGAAGAUCGCGUGAUCAAUGCUAAUGAACUUGCAAAGUUAUGGCUUGCGGAAGGACUCGUAAAGGCAUUUGAGAAUGAAAGCUUUGAUGCAGUGGCUAAUAGUCAAUCAAAUUAUGGAAAUGUCUUCCUUCCGCUGCGGAAUCUGCCAAGAAAAUUCAAGAAGAGCAACGUGACUAUGGAAACAACGAUAUGGUUGUUAUUGAGGGAGGCACAUUAUAUGGUUGGGCAUCUGAGGAAAGCGUGAGUGAAGAAGAGAUAGAAGUGGAUAACUGAUAAUUGAUACCUUCCUUGUAUUCACUUUUAGGCA